ACACCGAUACAUCGAUAAAAUCGAUUGUACUCCAGCUCUACUUUGGACGUGUGACCGAUCAAAUUUUGCUACGUCAAUUGAAAAUUUUAAUAAAAUAAUAAUACGUUAUUUCUUUCGACCAUUUUAUUAGAAGCUUGGUUCAAGCAUGGAAACGCCAAAACUGGCGACAGUGCCGGAGCACGGCAACCUAUCAUACACUGGGAGCAGCAACGUCAACAGUACGGAAGCAGCCACAGAGCAAGCAAACAAUGAACAACAUACCAAUUCUGCAGCUCAUAUGCGACCGUGUGGAAGGUCAGCGCUGACAGUUUCGGAGGAAGAAGGGGCUACUACCAGUACGUCGUACUCAUUUACGGGCAGUUCGCUUGCUGGUGGAAAUAUUGCUGAUUUGAAUAAAUCUGUAGAUGCUGGGUCUGCUCAGUCUGAGCCUGGCUUAAAUGCCGAAACCAAGGAUGCAACUGGCAGCAGUUCUAACGAUAAGGAACAUGCCGAAGAGUCGCUUUACGAGUGUAACAUAUGCUUGGACACUGCAAAAGAUGCCGUGGUUAGCAUGUGUGGGCAUUUGUUCUGUUGGCCCUGCCUACACCAGUGGCUAUUGACGCGCCCAAGUCGCAAGCUCUGCCCAGUAUGCAAGGCUGCAGUUGACAAAGAUAAAGUCAUACCACUUUAUGGACGAAAUAGCACGCGCCAAGAAGAUCCUCGGAACAAAGUUCCCCCACGACCUGCUGGUCUCCGCACCGAGCCAGAGCCGGCGCCUGGUUUUCCUGGCUUUGGAUUUGGCGAUGGCUUUCACAUGUCCUUUGGCAUUGGCGCUUUUCCCUUUGGUUUUAUUACAUCUUCACUUAAUUUUGGCGAACCGCGUCCGGCUGCUGCUAAUCGCGGCACCACGCAAUACGAGGACGAACAGACACUUUCCAAGCUGUUUCUUUAUUUGGCCUUCCUGUGCAUCGGUUGGCUACUCUUUGCAUAAAAAUAUGCCGAAGCAGCCGUAAAUGAGGAUGACAAACACCAGCAUUGACAUUGAAGCGCUAAGAAAAAUCGCAAAAGCAAACAAUAAAGAGCAGUUCCAACGGCGAAAUUUAAGCAAUUACGAAACUAGUAUACAACAGUGCAAUGGACAUGGACUCCGCUGAGCCAAAAAGGUUAUGAUGCGAUCAAAUCACAAGAAACAUUUAGCGUCCUGAAUGAAAAACAAAAAAGACACCAAAUGGGCUUAGUUUCGACUCAACGCCAUUCUCAGAGAACCCACGUGUGGCCUCCCAAUAUUAAUCCAAAACCCAUUCUUUCUGUAUGCUCCUGGAACGCCUUUACAUAUUAAUAACCAGAAAUUAGUUGUACAAAAAAAGAUAUAUGGAAAUACAUGCAUAACUAAAUGACAACAUUUA